CCAAGCCCACCCUCACCCCCCCCCCCUUCUCUCUCUACAAUGGCAGAAACCGGUGCCCUCUGCUUCUCCACUCUUUCUUCUUCUCUCACUUCUACUUCUCGCUCUAAAGAAACCUUUCCCUCUCUCUCUCCCUCACCUCUCACUUCGCUCGUCAAUUUCUCUCUUCUUCGCCCUCAAUCGCUCUCUUCCUUCGUCCAUUUCAGAGCAAAAGCUUCCAAUUCCGGCAAUUACCUCGGCGAUGAUCCAUUUGGAUUCUAUCCCUGGGAUUCUUCCGACGAAGACGGUGCUAUUCAAUGGGUUCCUGAGGAAAGGAUCACAUUGUUCACUGCUGACGGACUCAUUCAAAUUGGAGGCUCUAUGGUUCCUCGGCGUAUCCCUUCAUCAGAUAGGAAGCAAGGGAAGUCAAAAACUUCUCAAAGGCAUCGCUUUCAGGAGAGCGAUUACAUGGAUCCAAAUCAACGCCUAUGUCUGGGUGCACUUUUUGAUAUUGCAGCAACAAAUGGGCUUGAUGCGAGCAGAAGAUUAUGUAUCUUGGGGUUUUGCCGUUCCAUAGAGAUGCUAAGUGAUGCUGUGGAAGACACUGUCUUGGAGCAUGGUGGGGAGAUUGUUGCUGCAGAAAAGGCAAGCAAGGGCGGUUUGCAUGAAAAGCUAACAAUGACCGUCGCAGUACCUCUACUUUGGGGGGUUCCUCCUGCUUCUGAAACACUCCACCUUGCUGUUCAGAGCGGUGGAGGCAUUGUAGAGAAGGUCUAUUGGCAGUGGGACUUCUUGUAGAUGAAUUACUCGAUUCUUCUAACCAUUGUUUGUGCAUUUUGUACAUAAAUUUGUUGUGUUUCUGUGUACAAAACCAUAAUGCUUUUACUUAUUUUCGUUGUAUGCUUGAUGUUAAUAUUCAAUUGAUCAUACACAAUUAUUUGUGCCUGUGCGCACCUCAAGAUGCUACUUUAAGUCUAUUGGAGAAACUUUACAUAUUCAAGGUUUACCGUUGAUCUUAAAUAAUUAGCAGGUUACUUCC